AUGAACAAAAAUGGAACAGCUAAAAUGAAUGAUAAUCAAAUUAGAGCAGAAGGUAGAAGGUUAUUUAAACGCUUCUAUAACAUUCCUGAUGGUGUUAAUCCUAAAACUCGUAGAAGUUAUUUAAAUGAAGCCAUAGAUGCAUAUGAAGGAUUUGACAUUUCAUCAGAAAGUGAGAGGUUAGCAAGAAUGUUAAACGUUAAUAUUGAUUUUUAUUAUUGUGACCCUCAACCAGAAGACGUGGACAUAAAUAAGGUAGACUUUCCAUUAGUGGAUUCAAUAAUGAUAGAUCCAGAAUUUGAAACAAUAAAUAUUUUAUUAACACAGAGUCCAUGUGGAAAACUUCACGCUGACAGAAUAACAGACGUUGAAGCACUCACAGGAUAUAAAGUUUGCCCCUUUUGUAAAGAAGAAGUUUAUUCUAUCCGCGAUGAUCCAGAAAGGAAAAACCGAAGAAGAUUUUUAAAACAUUGUGAGAAAUGUAAAGAAAAUAAUGGAAGAUUAAUUCAAGACGUUCAAUUGCAAAACACACAACAACCAUAUGCACCACAUAUCACGAAACAGAAGAUAUAUCAAUGGCUAUUAGCUCACAAUUUGCAGGAAUAUUAUAAACCAACAAGAUAUUAUAUUACUUUUGACUUCGAAACAUUAGAGACUAAAGAAGAACUUCAACUUUCUGAAUGUGCAACUUUGAACGCUUACUUAAAACCAUUUAUGGUAUCAUCAACUGUCAAAAUAAAGCCGCAAACGGACUCUUUGAGUCCUGAAGGUCUUUCAGACCGAAGCGGCGAGGUCGUAGACCGUGAUAAAACAUUUACGAGGAAUUUUUGCUUAACAUCAAGUGAUUCGUUCAUCUCUGAUUGGAUUGAAUUUUUAUUUUCAACCUGUUCAUUAGUUGCUAAAUCAAAUAUUGAACAAUAUGAAGAAUUAAUGAAGCCGCAAACGGACCAAACGGCGGGGACUUUGUCCCAUACAUUAAAUGAAAAACAGAAGGAAGCAUUUAAAGAACUUCUAGAUGAGGAAUUCAAUAAAGUGAAUAUCAUAGGUUUUAGUUCGGGAAAGUUUGAUUUAAAUUUAAUUCUUCGUGAUUUAAACACUGCAAAAUGGAAAAUAAAAUCAAUGCUGGGUUCUUCUUCUCAAUUUAAGCAAAUCAUUGUAAAGAAAACAAACUGUCCAUAUGAAUUAAGAUUUAUUGACAUCAGAAAUUAUAUAGCGGGUGGAACAUUAGACCAAUUCACUCAAGAUUUCGGAAACAAUAAAUCACGUGUUAAAUCCUUUUUCCCUUAUCAAUUCAUCACAUGGGAGAAUUACGAAGAUGAAUUAUAUAAAGUGGAACCAUUCACUCAAGAUUCAUUUUAUUCAGCAUUAACUCAAGAAACAAUAUCCGAUUCAGAUUAUCAAAUAUAUCUCAAUGAUGCUAAAAAUUUUGAGAAUAGAUUAGAAUAUUUUAUUCAUUAUUGCAAUAAAGACGUUGAAAUUAUGAUUGACCCAAUUGAUAAAAUUAUUGAAGAAACAUUUGUUUAUAAAAUUGACAUGCUUCAUAAUCUUUCUUUAUCAUCGAAUGCAUCAAUGAUUCGUUACGCGUUAGCAUAUAAGAACUUCAAUCCUAACGAAACAUAUCCAGAAGAAGAAAAUGUGGAAUCAAGUUUUGAAUUAACAAAAAAGUAUUGGAAAUAUAAAAUUGAUUCAUAUAAGAAACAAGAUGAAAAAGCAGAAAGGGAUACUAAAAACAAUGUUUCAAUGGAUGACUAUCAAUACUAUCACGAUUUAAUCCUUUCAUCUAAAUGCAAAAUGUGUGGUAAAGCGUUUACAUAUGCUAAUAAACCAACAUUAGAUAGAAUCGAUAAUGAAAAACCACAUACCAAAGAAAAUUGUCAGUUAAUGUGUUGUUAUUGCAAUGUCGUAAAAUCAAAUAAAGAUGAAGAUGUUCAACGUUUAAGAAUCAAUUUAAGAAAUUAUGCAUUAAAAAAUAAUUUACCAAUGACUCUAGAUUCAGUUGAAGCUUAUCACAUCCUCCGUAAUGGAAUUACUGGUGGUUUAUCAAAUGUUCAACAUAGAGUAAAUCUUAAAGGAAUCACGCACAUUAAUAAACUUUCAUAUAAUCCAGAAACUAAAACUGUAUCAAAUGAGGACACUUCCAACAUUAUGACUCAUUUCGUUGGUGUUGACUUUAAUUCAUUAUAUCCUUCAUCAUUUUCAUCUAAUCCUCAUGAUUUCAUUCAAUAUACUGACCAUAAAAUGUAUAUGCCGGGAAG